AUGGUGGAGAAGAGAACUAUGAAUCUGCUGUUUCUCUCCGACCUUGCAGAGAAGCACCUGGUCCUACUGCGUGAUGGACGAACCCUGGUCGGAUUCCUGAGGAGCGUUGAUCAGUUUGCUAAUUUGGUGCUCCACCAGACACUGGAACGGAUUCACGUGGGCAAAAAGUACGGAGACAUCCCUCGUGGAAUCUUCAUCGUGAGAGGAGAGAAUGUUGUCCUGCUGGGAGAGAUCGAUCUGAAGAAGGAGCGAGAGUCCCCCCUGCAGCAGGUGAGCAUAGAGAGAAUCCUGGCAGAUCUGCGGAAGGAGCAGGAGGUGAAGAGCAGGGCAGAGAAGCUGAAGAUUCAGGUUUUCAAGGAGCGUGGCUUGAUGCUUCCCUACCCUGACACUUUGGACGAAUAUUAGAGAAGAUGCUUUGGAAAUAAGCACGGAAUCUGAAACUUCAAACACUGAGUAUAUUGCUCUGUGAUUCUCCCUGUUCCUUGGACCUGUUAAUAUUGAAUCUUGGGGAUUUUGCCUUUUUAACUUUCCGUUUACAACAUUACUCCAUGUUGGGUGAAUGUAGGGGGAAUGAAUGGAAAGAUAAAAUCCUCACUGAUAACACAUCUCAAACUUUAAACCUCUGCAUUACACUGGGUAAUCUCAUCAUUGGCCACUUUACAGAGUGAGGAGACAAUAAUUCAAUUUAGAACUUGAUCUGGGACCUCCUACAGGCUCUCCUAAAGAAAAGACAAAAUUUGGGUUAAUUGGACACUGUAAAUUGUUGAGUUCAAUUAUCUAUCCCCACUGUUGAUUGGAUGACUGAGCCCUCUUGUAAUCUCACCCUGCUGUUAAUUGGAUGGCUGUGGCCACUUGUAAUCGCUCUCCAUUGUCUGGAUGGCUGUGCCCAGUUUUAAUGUCUCCAAAGAAGUCCAAGAAGAUUGAGUAGAUCACCAUGUUAAAUUGUUAUAAUCUGUGGCUGAGAGAUUCUCACUGUAUUGUAAAAGAGGGAGCUCCAGGAUUUCAACACCGAAGCAGGACCGUUCUACUGUAGUGAUAAUAUCAGUUGAUGUCACAUGGUUCAGCCAGUUGUCUCUGAAGUUAAAGUGGUUUUCCCACGUUUAUUUGAUUUCUCACAGAAAUACAACCACAACUGUUGUCAGUCGUGACAGCACAAAGGCCAGAAUGUGGCUGUGACAGUGGAUAAGAGCAACUGGUUCCUUUUUUAAGCAAGUCCAAUACCAGAAUGUGUUUGCACGUCAUGUCAUGGAUACCUUAAUCGACCAGUUUAAAGUUGGGUUGAAAUUAAGUUUGAAUUCGGUGUUGUCCAGAUACUGGAGCAUUCUACAUGUCGAGACUAGUUGGCCGGCAUUGUAGCUUCUCAACACUCCCCCACCGUCUUCCCUAGAAAGGACCAGUUAGGUCAGUUGAUGCCAAAGCAAUGUCGAUUCCCAUGGAAGGCAGGGGCGAGUCUUCCUGAGGUGUCCCAGUCUUGAGGGUUUUUGUGCUCCUACCAUUGCACUUGGCAAAGUCUUCUGGUCUUUGUCAAGAGAAACAGUGCAGUCGGAAAGACUGGGUACCUGCAUUUGUUGGGUUGACAGGUCCAAGUUUUGUUUUCUGGUCCGCAGGAUGAAAGGCAGUAACGAUUCUCACUUUGUUUAGAGAGGUUCCAGCAGACUGCAGAUCUACUCAUAAUUUUUAAUUUCAAUUUCGAUGGAAUCAAGGGCUUGAUUUUGCUGUCAUGAGAAAUUUGAUGUUAUCUCCCUUUGACGGUGAGUCACAAAUAAAGUG